CGAGCUCCCGCCUCCCGCCGGGGUCGGGGGUCAGCCGCGCCCGCCGGCUGCGGGUGCCCAUGGAGGGCUCGGAGGACGAGGAGCUGGGGUCCGAGGGACCGCUGCAGCAGCUGCUGAAGCGGCAGCGCAAGGAGAAACGGGAGCUCCAGGCAAAAAUUCAAGGCAUGAAAAAUGCUGUUCCCAAGAAUGAUAAGAAGAGACGAAAACAGCUGGCAGAUGAAGUUGGCAAACUAGAGGCAGAACUUGAGCAGAAGCACAAGGAGGAAUUGAAGCAGCUGAAGGAAGCUUCACCUGAACAGAAUAAGACAGAUUCCAUAGCUGAUGGGGUUGCAAGUAUAGAGCUUGAAGGAGUGGAACAGCAGAUUCAGCAUCAUCGAAUAUCAAAAGCACAGAAGAGGCGGGAUAAAAAAGCUGCUUUGGAGAAAGAAAGAGAAGAAAGAAUAGCUGAAGCUGAGAUACAAAAUUUAACAGGUGCUAGACAUCUUGAAAGUCAGAAACUUGCCUGCCUAUUGGCAGCAAGGCACUUGGAGAUUAAACAAAUCCCUUCAGAUGGCCAUUGCAUGUACAGAGCCAUUGAAGAUCAGCUCAAGGAUCACCAAAAUUCCUGGACUGUUGCAACUCUGAGGAACCAAACAGCAAAGUAUAUGCAAAGUCACUGUGAUGACUUCUUGCCUUUUCUUACAAACCCUAAUACUGGAGAUAUGUACAGCAGAGAGGAAUUUGAGAAAUACUGUGAUGAUAUAGCAAAUACAGCUGCAUGGGGAGGUCAGCUGGAACUAAGGGCUUUGUCACACAUUUUACAAACACCUAUUGAAGUAGUGCAGAUGGAUUCUCCUCCCAUUGUUGUUGGUGAAGAAUAUUCAGGCAAACCAAUAACACUUGUGUAUAUGAGGCAUGCCUAUGGAUUAGGAGAACAUUACAAUUCUGUGAAAGUUCUAACAGACACUGCUACAGAGAACAGCAGCUAGCUACAAAAGUUGUACAUUCACAUGGAUAACAGUUACAUCGUGAUGUGUUGGGCUCCAGGAAAUUCCCAGUAAGACUGGAAAGUAAAUGGCAUGGAUUAUAAAUUAAAAAAAAAUAAAAGGCCUGCAAGGUUUGAGUAUAAAUCACACAUGGCUGUUGAUUUAUAACAAAACCAAACCAAAACCAAACAACAAUACUUUGAACUUACUGGUAUUAAUUAUGUUUGGAAGAUCUUCUGUGAAGUGGUGGCUGUGUAGAUCAGGUUUUUUUCAAUAGAGCUUCCUCCAAAUGCUGCAAAGAAAAUAUCAAGUACUAAAAAUUUGUUUUGGUUAAUCUGCAUUUCUGCUGGAGAUUUAAGGUUACCUGAAGGUCCCUGUUCCAUUAUUUCUGUCAGAUUUUCACGAUAAUGGAAGAGUUCAGGCAUUUGAAAUAACUGAUUGUAUUUUGCUUAUGGAAUAUUAUCUACAGUGUUUCUGUAGUCCUAUCAGGAUCUAAUCUUAACAGUGUAGUAUUGAUUCCCUUCUUUAUUUUGGCAGAGGGCUUUUUUUGGAGUUGACAGUAGGAAUUCAACUCUUGUGCAUUGUUAUUUAUGACUGUACAUUAUACUGUCAGUGCAAGCUAACUGCACUGUUCAUUCUCCAUAGUCUUUCAGCUGUGCAUUUCGGUGAAUCCAAAGUCUUAGAGCUCCUCAGUGUCCUCGCUUGAGGUAGUGAAACUCAUCUGAACUUAUUUCUGGAUCUGCUGGUCUGAGCACUUUGUCAUCUAAAGUGUGAUGUUUUAUAGUGCUUAAAACAGCUGGUUGCACACAGCUGUAGAAAUAAUCACCUUGGGGUUUAUCAGUAACUAAAGGUGAUCUGGGAAAGAAUUAACUUUAUUUUAAUUGCUUCUUAUGAUGCACAGACUUGAAAGGUUUUGAUAUGGCUUGACUUUUUACAUUAGAAAUGUAGAUUGUUGUCUGUAAAUGUGACUUCAAAAUUAGGAACAUACUGAAACCAAAAUUUUAAUGCAAAUGUUUUUUAACAAAAGAAGUUAUUUUAAUUUUUUUUAAGCCUUCGUCAAUAAAAGAAUUAUCUGUAUUUUACUGCUGCUGAGUUGGUUUGGAGAAAAGUGGUUCAUGAAAAGAUUAAACACCUUUGCCCUGAUUUGAGGAUUAUGACCGAACAGUAUGUGUCUUGUAGUCCUUCAGUAAAGCUAGCUUGCAGACUUACAUUCCUGGAACUUAGAAAAAUCUGUUCUUACUUUAGAGGGAGGUAAGUGAUCACUUUAUGGGCCAGAUUAUGUCUGAUUUAAAGCACUUUGAGAGAGAAGGGGUAAAACAAUACCAGAUAAUUACAGCAGGAGUCUUUGGACAAGCAGGUCUUUAGGCUGGUGCCUGCCAGGAAAACAAAGUAUUAACCAGAUCAGGAGAUUCUACUGUUAUAGUAUAACAGGUAUAGCUGGUUUAUAUACCAAACCAGCUGGCUUACUGUAAAAUUUGGUUUACUAUCUUGAUGGUAUAAAAUGAUGGUUUUAAUUUCAAACAAAAAAUAGGAUGCAACAGCAUGGAAAAAUACUUCUAUUCAUAAUGUCAUUACAAAUUUCACUAAAAAUAAUAAGUACUCUUCUCUGCAUUGCUUAGAAUUGAUGUGAUAUAAAAUGUACAUGCUACAUUUUAUAGAUAAACAGUUACUUGGUUUAUUUGGGAGUUUUGUUUGAUCAACUAAGAGAGAAAGAUGCCAGAAUCGGGGAACACCUGUUCCAAGAGUUUGUCAUGUUGAAGAUGUUUACAGUUUGUAUAAAGUUAAAUAAUUUAAUGUAGUGAGUGAAAGAUCCUUGCUCAUGCUGUAUGGGACUUGCCAAAAAGUAAUAAAUUGGUUUAUUUGUGGCAAA